ACCAUUAUCACUCACGGAAGGACAGACGCUAAGAUCAAACUGAGCUCUGCACUGACUUUCAGUCAUCAGAAGACUACAUUUCUCCUAAAGGACUAACUACUAAACUCUCAGAGAUGGCCAGCGAUAGUCAGGUGGUGUUGGAUGUGGACGGACCCAAGGUGAUGAUCGUCCGCGAGAAGGCCACUUCUGCUUCACGGGUUUGGAGAACGUGCGGAGUCCUGCUCGCCGUGGCUCUCUGCGCCGCUGCCGCCGUCUGCUUUACGCUGAACAAGACGCAAAAAAAUGAACCAGAUGAAACCCAAGAAAUCAAGCACACGCUGAGACAGAUCUCCGAGACGGCAAAGGCUGCGAUUCAUCUCUCAGGUCAAUACAACCCGCUGGUUUCCAACAGUUCUGUGGAGUGGUUCGACAACGCAGAUCAGUCUUUCUCUUCAGGCUUAAAACUGGAGGGCAACGAGAUCAAGAUUUUCCGCAAAGGCCUCUACUUCGUCUACAGCCAGGCGUCCUACAGUCUGAACUGCAAGGCUGAAGGCGAGGAAGACGAGGGCGAGGUGAUGCACCUGACCCACAAAGUGCAGCGCUGGUCUGAUGCCUAUAACUCAUACAAGCCACUGCUGAGCAGCAUAAAAUCCACCUGCAAGAAAACACGUAAAGAUGGCGCCACAAAGUGGUUCGGUGCUAUCUACCUCGGAGCCGCUUUCAACCUGGAGGCCGGAGACCGCCUGCGCGCCGUGAUGGACCACAAGCUGCUGCCCCAUGUGAAUAGCGAAGGAGGGAAAACGUUCUUCGGAGCGUUCUCUUUAUAAAGAUCUAAGAUCUAAAAUGCCAUAAUGUUUUGGGUCUCUGUAUUAGUUUCUAUGAACGGAACAAGAGAAAAAAAAACCAUGUACACUUCUGUUUUAUGUUAAGACAGAAGUGUACACAAUUGUUGAGGAGAAUAUUCCUAGUUAGUAGACUUUGCCUCCAUUGAGUAAAAUUUGUUUAAAAAAUUGUGUAUAUUAAU